GCGCGGCGGGCGCCAUGGCGGAGCGAGGGGCGUCGGUGCUGGGCGGCCCCCGGGGCUCCGCGGCGGGCCCUUCGCUGCUCCAGCCGGCGCCUUGCGCCCCGGCUUCGGCUCCACAGCCCUCGGCGGGGUCCCCGGCGCUAACCGGGACGGCUCAGCUGCUGGCCCCGCCGGCGGUGCCUCCGCCGCUGCCGCAGCCCUCGGCGUCGCCGCCGCCCCCGCAGCCCUCGGCGGGCCUGGGGGCUUCUUCGGCUCCCGGAGGAGGAGGAGGAGGAGGAGGGGCGCCCCCUCCUCAGGCCCCGCCGGGCUCGACGGCCGGGGGUCGCCCCGUGCAGAUGAACCUCUACGCCACCUGGGAGGUGGACCGGAGCUCCCCCAGCUGCGUGCCCAGGCUGUUCAGUCUUACCUUGAAGAAGCUCAUCAUGCUGAAAGAGAUGGAUAAGGAUCUCAGCUCGGUGGUGAUUGCCGUCAAGUUGCAGGGUUCCAAGCGCAUCCUGAGGUCCAACGAGAUUGUGCUGCCCGUCAGCGGACUCGUGGAAACGGAACUUCAGCUGACUUUCUCCUUACAGUACCCUCACUUCCUGAAGCGAGACGCCAACAAGCUGCAGAUCAUGUUACAGAGAAGGAAGCGGUACAAGAACCGGACUUUCCUAGGCUACAAAACUUUGGCCGUGGGCCUGAUCAACAUGGCCGAGGUGAUGCAGCACCCGAGCGAGGGGGCCCUGGUCUUGGGACUGCACAGCAACGCGAAAGACGUCUCCGUGCCGGUGGCCGAAAUCAAAAUCUACUCCCUGUCCAGCCAGCCCAUCGACCACGAAGGACUCAAGUCUAAAUUAUCAGAUCGCUCCCCUGACAUUGAUAACUACUCCGAGGAGGAAGAGGAGAGCUUCUCGUCCGAGCAAGAAGGAAGCGAUGACCCCCUGCACGGACAGGAUUUGUUCUACGAAGACGACGAUCUUAGGAAGGUGAAAAAACCCAGACGGAAACUCACCUCCGCUUCUGCCAUCACUCGGCAGCCAAAUAUUAAGCAGAAGUUUGUGGCUUUGCUGAAAAGGUUCAAAGUCUCGGAUGAGGUGGGCUUCGGCUUAGAACACGUUUCUCGGGAGCAGAUCCGGGAGGUGGAAGAAGACUUAGACGAGCUUUACGACAGCCUGGAGAUGUACAAUCCCAGCGACAGCGGUCCCGAGAUGGAGGAUACGGAGAGCAUCCUCAGCACCCCCAAGCCCAAACUCAAGCCUUUCUUUGAAGGAAUGUCCCAGUCCAGUUCUCAGACAGAAAUUGGAAGCCUGAACAGCAAAGGAAGCCUCGGGAAGGACGCCACCAGCCCAAUCGAAGCCUCCUCCGGGGACAAACUCAAACCGAAUCGGACCAAAAUCAUGGACGACAACAUCAACGAAACAGACAUUCUGGAAGGGAACGAGCAGGACACUUAUGGGGACCUCUCCAACACCUUAAUUAUCCCCGAAAAAGUCAAGACGCCGAUGAAAACGAGCAAGGGGGACCUUCAAAGCAUGGCCUCGCCCAGCAAAAUGGACAGCACCGUGCACCCCCGUCAGAAACGCAGCACCCCGCUCAAGGAACGUCAGCUUUCCAAGCCGCUGAGCGAAAGGACCAACAGCUCCGACAGCGAAAGGUCCCCGGAUUUAUGUCACAGUACACAGAUUCCUCGCAAGGUCGUUUACGACCAGCUGAAUCAUAUCCUCGUGUCGGAUGCCGCACUGCCCGAAAACGUGAUCCUGGUGAACGCCGUAGACUGGCAAGGCCAGUACGUCGCCGAUCUCCUCCAAGAUCAGAAGAAACCCGUGGUCUGCACCUGCUCCACUGUCGAAGUGCAAGCCGUCCUCUCUGCCCUCCUCACCCGGAUCCAGAGAUACUGCAAUUGCAAUUCCUCCAUGCCGCGUCCCGUGAAGGUGGUGUCCGUCGGGGGCCAAAGCUACCUGAGUGCCAUUUUGAGGUUUUUCGUGAAGCAGCUGGCCAACAAGACGUCAGACUGGCUCAACCACAUGAGAUUCCUCAUCAUCCCUCUAGGAUCUCACCCGGUCGCGAAAUACAUGGGCUCCGUCGACAGCCGAUACAGCAAUAUGUUUUUAGACACCUCGUGGCGUGACCUCUUCAGCAAACCUGAACCACCUGCGAUAGAACCCCUGGAUGGUGGGCGGAUCACCCAGUAUGUGAACGGAGCCAAUGUCACUCACCAGCUGCCCGUGGCGGAGGCCAUGUUGACCUGCAAACACAAAUUCCAAGAUGAAGAUUCCUACCAGAAGUUCAUCCCUUUCAUUGGGGUGGUGAAGGUGGGCCUCAUUGAAGAUUCACCUGCAGCAGCAGGUGAGGGGGACGAUUCCCCGGUCAUCAGCCUCACCGUCCCCUCCACCUCUCCGCCUUCAACUUCGGGCCUCGCCAAGGACGUCUCUGCCACCCCACCGUCCUCCCCUUCGAUGACCAGCGGCUUGGCUGUGGUGGGGUCUCCCAGCAGCCCUUACAGCGAUGUGAUCGGCCUGCAGGUCGAUUACUGGCUUGUUCAACCCACGGAGAAGAGAAAGGAAGGGGAGAAGAAGGACAGCAGCUCCAAAAACACCCUGAAGAGCGUCUUCCGUUCGGUCCAGGUCUCGCGGCUUCCCAACAGUGGGGAGACCCAGCCCUCGGGGACCAUGGCUAUGACGGUCGUCACCAAGGAGAAGAACAAGAAAGUGCCCACCAUUUUCCUGAGCAAGAAACCCAAAGAGAGAGAGGUUGAUUCCAAGAGCCAAAUGAUUGACGGCAUCAGCCGGCUCAUCUGCUCGGCCAAACAACAGCAGACCAUGAUGAAAGUUUCCAUUGACGGAGUGGAAUGGAGCGACAUCAAGUUCUUUCAGCUGGCCGCCCAGUGGCCCACCCACGUCAAGCACUUCCCCGUGGGACUUUUUGGCACCAAGCCAGCCUGAAAGGGAGACGGCAAGAAUGCCUUCUCGCGCCCUCCUGGCUCCGCCACGGCGUCGGGCCACCACCUCCAUCCGAACCAUCCGCCAACCGAGAGCUGCGCUGAGCUCACUUCACCCGUGUCGCGUUUCCUGUGUCUCGAUCGGGCUUUGCUGGAGAGGGGUGGGUGGGGUGGGAGGGAGGGAGGGAGGGAUGGAGGGUCCCAAACCCCCCAAAACAGAGGGGGGGUGUUUCAUUUUCGAUCCAGCCAAGGACCUGGCCCGCCGAUUGCUUUUAUAACGCGUACCGCCACAUCGUGCCGUGGGCCUCCGGCCUCUCAUCCGUGCUGAGCGUGCCGCCACUCAAGAACCGAUUCUUCUGAUCACUCCAGAUCUCUCCCGUCCACUCAUCGGACCGCGCACCACUUCUCUCCCUUGAGCUGGGUCAGCGCGCCGGUGUGCCGGAGUCUUCCGAAAGAGCCUAUUGGCAAACUCGUGAUCCGUGGAAAACUUGUCUUCUUCACCUCCUCCUGUUCCAUCCUGUUCCGACCCCGGAGAUGCUUUCCCAAAUUUUAUUUUUGUCUCGUUUCGGCUUUUCUAGAAGCACAAACACGGCAAAGCUCCCUGGGGGCUGCUUAACAACCCCAGCUGUUAGUAGGGGACACCACUCUUCUGUAACUCCACCGGGCGAGGAGAGUGGAAAGAACAUUCCCUCUUGCGCGAACCGGCCUUUUCCUCGUUGAACCGGACUAGCUCCGUCUCUCCGAUCACGAAAAGCGAUAGAGAAGAUCGGUUUACCCCGCGGAAGGUGGGGUGGGAAGGAUUCAUGUCCUAUUCGGCUCCGCCUGCUAACCACCAUCUCUGGAAUGUCACGGGAGGGGGGGCAUCCCAUAAUACAAAGGGCAACCCCCCCCCAAUCCAAACCUCUUCCCUUCUCCUGCACCGUUCUUCUGACGUCUCACCGUGGAAGCCAUUCGACACCUCCACCUGUUUGCCAGGUGAGAUCCCCAGCCUCAUUCCUGUCUCGGAUUUAGGAAAGAAACCAAGAAUUGGCAAAAAAAAAAAAAGAAAGAAAAGACUCCAGGCGGGAGUUCACACCAUCUUAAAACCUGCUGGAUUGUCUUCGUUCGAAAGCCCUUGAUUUUGGAAAGUAGAAAAAACGAGAUUUUGUAGCAAGAAGGUGGAAUCACCGCCCCCCCGCAAAUUUAGAAUAGGGAUCACGUCUACAGCUGUGCUCCAAGAAAACAAAUUGUUUUUUUUUUAAGAGCAGCGCUCCAGUGUAAAUCUGAACCGAUCCAGUGGGGAGACCUCUUCACGACCUCUCUCCGAUUUCGUUUCUUCCCACGCCAUCCUUUUUAAAAUCAACCCUUUCACACACCUCUCAAAAAGCGAAACCCAGACACUGGAAUUCCAGGGGGGUCAACGGAUGCUAUCUUAACCUCCCCUACUUUUUUUUUUUUUAAAAAAAAAUUAGUUUUCCUUUUAAGCAAGCUCAGACCUCUGGAUCUCCAUUUAUAAUCAGCAAUAAAAGAAAUCGUUCCCCUUUUAUCGGGAGCUCUUCGAUACCCCCACACUGGGUGGGUUUUGCCCCCCACUUCCCCAAACAGAAGGUGUGUAGCUUGCCAUCCAAUCUUUCCGACAUUUUUUUUUUUUCCCCAGAGUUCAGUUUUGGAUUAAAAAAAAUAAUGAGAAUAAACAGCAACCAGCAACAAGACUUUUAGGUCCGAUUAGCGAGAUCCCCUUUAAAUCUCGGAGGGAUCAGCCAGCUUAGAGGAUCUCAUUUCCCUGGUUAAAAAUCUUGGUCUCUACAAUCCCCAUAUUUCUUAUUUUUAUUUUCCUCC